GGUGUUACUGCGUGUGACGUUAUUGUCAGCUGGUCAAUGUUUACAUCCAUAAUAGUGGUGAAAUCUAUUGAAUGUGUAUGGGGGGAAACGAGAAGGUAACAACAUAUACGAUUUCAACAUAAUUUUGAGAAGUACAGUUGACACUAUAAAGCAGCGUCGAUUAAACGUCACUUCCAUAAGGUAAAGACAGCUGCUUCGUAUUUCUGUUAGCUCCAACCAGACCAUAAUUUUUCUUCUCUGCAUAGCAGCUCUUCAUAGACGACAUCAACAGAGACAAAGACUGUGAAGAUGGGAGGAGCAGUGAGUGCUGGGGAGGACAAUGACGAGUUGAUUGACAACCUGAAGCAGGCCCAGUACAUCCGUUCGGACCUAGUGGAGCAGGCCUUCAGGGCAAUCGACCGGGCCGACUACUAUCUGGAAGAGUUCCGGGACAGCGCCUACAAGGACCUGGCCUGGAGGCACGGCAACAUCCACCUCUCAGCCCCCUGCAUCUACUCAGAGGUGAUGGAGGCCCUGGACCUCCAGCCUGGCCUUUCCUUCCUCAACCUGGGCAGUGGCACAGGCUACCUCAGCACCAUGGUGGGACUCAUACUGGGUCCAUUUGGAGUGAACCAUGGUGUGGAGCUGCACCAAGAUGUCAUUGAGUAUGCAUACCAGAAACUGGAGUUCUUCAUCAAGACCAGCGACAGCUUCGACAGGUUUGAGUUCUGCGAGCCCUGUUUCGUGAUAGGGAACUGUCUGGAGAUAGCCCCAGAGAGUGGUCAGUAUGACCGGGUGUAUUGUGGAGCUGGGGUGCAGCGGGAGCAGGAAGACUACAUGAAGAACCUGCUCAAAGUAGGAGGAAUCCUAGUGCUGCCAUUGGAGGAGAAGUUGACCAAGAUUACUCGAACAGGCUACAACAGCUGGGAGACCAAAAAGAUCAUUGCUGUGUCAUUUGCCCCACUGGUGUUGCCCAAACACAGAGACAACAGUAAAUCUAAAGCAGUGCCUUUACCGACCAUGUUUGAGGUGCGGACUCUGCAGGACUUGGCUCGCAUUUCUAUCCGCCUGACGUUGAAGAAGACAGUGGCGGGGCCAGGGCCGUUGCCCAGGAGGCUGGCCCACAGCAGGGAGCGGUUCCGACGGAGGCGGGCCCAACACCGUGGCUCCACCCUACUCUCCAACCGCUACGUAUUCAUGAGCCGCCUCAUCCCCGGGCCGAUGGACAACAACAACAACCGCUCUGGAACCGACACCGAAGAAGAGCAGGAGGACGAGGAAGUGGAAGAGGGGAACUGCAGGGUUCUAGGAGAUCCUGAGGAAGAGGAGGAGGAGAGGAGGGAGGGCGGUGCCCUUCUACAUGAGGCUCCAGUGAACCUGCUAAGAGAGAGGAUCUUGGGUCUGCCGCUCCCUGAGCCUCUGAAGAUGUACCUGCUUCACUACAGAGAGAAGUAGGGAGGGACAGAAGACGUGAAGCUGUGCGCCCAUUCUUUAACUUGUUCCCAUCCCUAUGCCCUUGUUGACUCCCCUUUCUGGAUUCAGAAGUAAUGGAUGUGUAAGAAAUAGGCUGAUAACUCCAGUGGAAUGGCUAAAAUGAGUUCCUACUAUUUUUUUAUACAGCCUAUCUAAUAAGUUGCAAUAUGGUAAUGACACCAUCUCCCCCUCCCCUGACAGCCCAGGUAAGCCUAUCCAGAGGUGCCUAGGAGGUAACAGUUGAGUUGGAAAAACAAGGAUGGCGAGUUAGGGAUUGGAAGCUUACUUAGUCAGCCCCAGAGACGUCACCACCACCAGCCUCAUAAGGACUAUCCCAACAACUCCUCUGAACACUCAAUUCUCAUAAUCUCACUCAAUUCCCUACCUGUGAACUCCAUCUACCCAUCUUUUGGGAUAUCUUCAGUCUUGUGCCUAACCGGGGCACCCAAUCUCCAAGUCCUCCUUUAUUCCCUUUGAAUUUUGUAAAUGUGAUUGUUUGGAAAAUUAUACUUUUGACUGACCGAACAAUUCAGUGGAGCUUUUGAGAUGGACUUACAAGUACUAAAAGCCCCAAAUGUUGUGAAAAUAUUUUCUCAUUCUGUGUUCAUAUCUUACUGCAUUGAAUGUACUUGGUGAAAGCAGGGGAUUUGUUGAAGAGGCCAUUUCUGUUCAGGCAAAUGUCGAGGGCUCCAGGCAUUAAAGUAUAGUAACACAUUUUUGCAUACAGUAUGUAUAGAAAUGAAAGGACCACAUUGUCAAACAAUAUUACCCAAAUUCACAUCUUUUCAAAUAAUGGGAGACUGUAGAACACCCUUGGAUUAGGGGUAAAAAGUGAAUGAGUGUGGGAUAGCAAUUUACCAUUGGGUUCUUAAUGCAGAACUGUAGUCAAAGUAGUGAAGAAUGUAUGUAUCCACCUGUGAAGGAAUUUAAGUACUAAUUGGUCUACAUUGGAACUUCAGUGUAAUGCUCUUUGAUGGUGUUUAUCGGUUGUUUAUAAAAUGUUUUGUCUGUUCUCAGUGCCAAACUUCUCCAGCACUGGCCGGCUCCAAAUGUUUGUGGUUCCAUUCUACAAUGUGUCAAGUUGUUCAGCGGAAGUAAAAAUUGGUAUUUAGAAUAAA